GAACCAACCCCUUUCAGGAUAAAUGUGAGGUAACUCCUUCCAGAUGUACAUGAAAUAAGCACCUUCUACCACAACUCUGAUCUCUUGGUUAUGUAAAGAAUGCUCAUAAGUCUCAAUGAAAAUAUUGCUGACUGGAUGGAAUCCUCAGAUUAUAGAGUAUUAACAAGAGAUUUAAAAAGGCAGAGGUAGUGCAAUGUGAGGAACAUAGGGACAAGCAAGGAUAUGAACAAGACAACACUAGAAGAAGAAUAACAAGAAGGAAGACAGCACCAGAACAAUAAGAUACAUUUUACCCGAAGGGAUUGAGAGAGCGAGUUAGUAGGAGAUAAAGUGAAAAGUAUAACUGUAAAGGAGUAAGAAGAAAAGCAAUUAUUUAAAAGGAGGAAAAAAAGAAAAGAAUUUACAGGAGUUCAGCAUGUUCCUGGCAGGUCUCUUUGGCUGGAAUGAUGCAGAAGGAUCUGUAAUGAAGCUGGCACCACGAAGCAGUGCAGAGUUAGUCACAGAGACCCUGAUGUUAGAACUAGGCUCUCACAUAAAGCGCUCAGAGAGACAGCAACGAGAACGUCUAAUUGAGUAUCGUCGUGUCAAAAGUGGAGUGGACUACACGUGGCUGGCGUCUUUUCCACGCCAAGGCUUUGAACUUAGUCCAGGAGAUGAGCUGGAAUUAAGGGAUAUUUGCUCCAAAAUCUCUCCAUCGCAGUGUGGACCUGUUAUACUCAGGUUCAGGAGGUUGAUGCUAGAGUUUGAGCCAGAGGGUGCUGAGAUCCCACGUCUUUUCCGGUCGGUACUUCAUGAUUUUGUGGUUCAGGAGGAAGAGCAACAGAAAAAGAAGCUGGAGGGACCAUGGGAGAAAAGGAGAAGAGCCAAAAGUUUGGCAACAUUCAGCUUUAAGCCACCUCGUCUUCGGGUCAACCCCUUCCAGCUAGAAGAUACCCAUGGCUCAGAUACAGAGAGUGAACUGGCUGCAUCUGGAAGAGCAAGAAGCAAGAGUAUGCCAGAGUUCAGCACCACAGGGGAGGUACACUGAGGAUAUAAUUUGCGUAACUAAUUUCCUGCACAGACAUGUUCCAAAUACUGGGUACCCAGAUCCUUACAGCCUGCAUAUGGUAUUUAGGGAACAUGUUAUAUCUAAAGCACAAAACCUAAAAAUAGGAUUGAAAAAUAUGAAUUUUUACUACAUGUCCUCAAUUGGCUAGAUUGCUACCACUACCAGUUGUGUGCAGUUUUGCUGAUGUGCCUUUUUUCCAGCAGAGGCACUGACUCUAACAAUAUCAGCACCUCUUGUGUGGGACUGAUGUCACAAAGAUACUGAGCUUGUAUUGACGGCUAAUAAAAAUACAAAUUAAGAGGUAUUCAUAUAUCA